CAAUUUCGCCUUUCCCUUUCCACUCUGCGGUGGUGGUGGGGGCGCUCUCCGCCUAGAGGGGUUCGGUGCCGAGGUUGUGUUUGACGAGCGAGCGGCCCGAUUUCCCCAGCGCCUCGUAGCACCGCAGUGCCGAAGGCGAAGGCGGCGUCCCGCGUUCUCCCCAGCCUGCGAGGGGGAGUUUCCAGGAAGUGGCCAUAUUGGAUUCAUUCAGUGUCAUCAAUCCAGGGAGGAGAGCAGGUUCCCGGCAAGGCGGCUUCCUAGAUCCCGAGGAGGAACCCUUUCGCCCGUUGGCCCCUGGAUCUCCGCCGGCAUGGCUGCCACGGACUUGGAUCGCUUUUCCAAUGAGGAGAAACGGCAUCUUUCUUUGGGGGGCCAUGUUGGAUUUGACAGCCUUCCUGAUCAGCUUGUCAGCAAAUCUGUGGCACAAGGCUUCAGCUUCAACAUCCUCUGUGUGGGUGAAACUGGCAUUGGGAAAUCAACAUUGAUGAACACUCUCUUCAAUACGACAUUUGAGACUGAAGAAGCCAGUCACUAUGAACACACAGUUCGCUUACGGCCACGGACUUAUGACCUGCAGGAAAGCAAUGUCCACCUGAAGUUGACCAUUGUGGAUGCUGUGGGAUUUGGGGAUCAGAUAAAUAAAGAUGAAAGUUACAGGCCGAUAGUAGAUUACAUUGACACGCAGUUUGAAAACUACUUGCAAGAAGAGCUCAAAAUUCGGCGUUCCCUCUUUAAUUAUCAUGAUACAAGAAUUCAUGUCUGCCUUUAUUUCAUCACUCCAACUGGUCACUCGCUGAAGUCAUUGGAUCUGGUAGCCAUGAAAAAGCUGGAUAGUAAGGUGAACAUUAUCCCUAUAAUUGCCAAAGCUGACACCAUUUCCAAGAGCGAGUUACACAAGUUUAAGAUUAAGAUAAUGAGUGAAUUAGUUAGUAAUGGAGUUCAGAUCUAUCAAUUCCCCACAGAUGAUGAUGCUGUAGCCGAGAUUAACUCUGUGAUGAAUGCCCAUCUGCCAUUUGCUGUUGUAGGAAGCACAGAAGAGGUAAAGGUUGGAAAUAAAAUGGUGAGGGCUCGGCAAUAUCCUUGGGGUGUGGUGCAAGUUGAGAAUGAAAGCCACUGUGACUUUGUGAAGCUACGAGAAAUGCUAAUCCGUGUCAACAUGGAAGAUCUUCGGGAGCAAACUCAUACUCGCCACUAUGAACUUUAUAGGCGGUGUAAGCUAGAAGAAAUGGGGUUCAAAGAUACUGAUCCUGAUAGCCAGCCAUUCAGCCUUCAAGAAACAUAUGAGGCCAAGAGAAAAGAAUUCCUCUGUGAAUUGCAGAAGAAGGAAGAAGGAAUGAGACAAAUGUUUGUGAACAAGGUCAAGGAGACCGAGUCGGAACUGAAAGAAAAGGAGAGAGAACUGCAUGAGAAGUUUGAACAUCUAAAAAGAAUACAUCAGGAAGAGAAGAGGAAAGUGGAGGAGAAGAGAAGAGAGCUUGAAGAGGAGAUGAAUGCCUUCAACAGGAGGAAGGUGGCAGUUGAAACACUGCAGUAUCAGUCUCUGCAAGCCACUUCACAGCAGCCACUGAAGAAGGAUAAAGACAAGAAAAAUUAAUCUCACACACAGACUUGUAUGCCAGGAGCGGACUCUGUGCAUUCAUAUGUUUUUGUUGCUUGCUUUACCACCCUGUGAAUCCUACUGUCAUACCAUUGUGCAAGUGACACAGCAUGAAAGACAAAUUGAUCAUCUGCUGCGUUUUUCAUUGAAUGGAUUGUGACCGUGCAUGGAUGUUACCAUUUUAAAGAAAAUAUUUGCUUUGCCUCUCCAGAUUCCCUGUGGAAAAUGCUUGUAUUACUAGAUUUGAAAUAUCAUGGGUUUAAUUGAUUUUAAACCCAUUGAAUUACUAUCUAUUUAUAAAAAUGGCCCUAACUAUAUCUAAUAAUUUUUAAAAUGCAAUCUAGACAAAUGAGCUCCAUAUAAAGGUUGCUGUUGGGAAUCUAUUUCAUUUUUAUUUUUAACAUUUAUUUUGGGGUAAAGAUCACGAAGAUAUCUUAUUUUGGGCAAAAAUUGCAAUCUGAAUAUGUUGAGUUUGAAGUGACACUUUAAAUUUCUUAUUUGAAGAAAACAUAACUUGCACACUAGUGUGCUAUUUAAACAAAGCUCUUAAACAUCUUGUAUAUUGUUCUGCUAUUUAUAUUCUGUUGCUGAAGUGCAACUGAUGUAAACAGGUGUUUUAAGGGGGCUCGUGUUAAAUCUACGCUAUGGAGGAGAUAUGUAAUUCCUUUUUUUUUUCACCAGCAUAUGCCCUCCUGUCUGAGUAGAUGUUUGAUUCUCAAACUUAUUUUUAAUAAUAAAUAUAAUAAAGUACAUCUCCAUAAUCAAAAUAAAAUUGCAGCUAAUGUUUAAAAAUCACUCUCAGCAUCUGUCUCCAUCUCUAUUCUGGAUGCUGCUCCUGUUUUUAAACCUGUUGAUUUUGACUCUCCUAAAAUGACUACAAAAGUCAGUAUUUUGAACCUGAUAGGUACCUGAUAGGGGUUGCUAUACUUUCCUUGGUAUGGUGUUGGUGGAAAAAAAAUAGGUGAAAAUGGCUUUAAACUGUACUGUAGGCAGCUAUCAUUUAAAGUAAUUCUGCAAGUGUGUAGGUGUGAAUACUUCUUAAGGUAAUGUCUUCGUGUGAAUGUAUAUUCUUAGUGACGCUCAUGCUGACCAAAUUCAAAAAUCCCUUUUAGAUUCUUGGUUAAAUGAAAAAAUAAGGGCCACUUGAUGUGAUUUUGCUUUUCCGAAUGUAUCAUAAAUCUUUUGCCACAUGCUUUGUGGAAAGAUGCAUUUGAAACAAGUGCUCAUGAAAGGGCUCCAGCAUGCUUUUAGGAGUUUCUCAAUUUGCUAAACAGUCAAUCCUGAGAAUCUAGUAGGGUUACUUGCUAUGAGUGUGGAUCCAAAUAUAUGUUAGAUACAUUCAUAAAUUAAAAGUCAAAGUGGAUCUUGACAAAGUUCAAGGUCCUCUAUGGCAAAAGAUUUUUCUGUAAUGGGGAAAAAUCGGUUGCAUGGCCCAACGAUACUGUUCAGCCUACAGGGUAAAGUUUUCUCAGAUUAUAUAUGAGCUUCCACAAUGCCUCUGAAGAAUCCAUUUUAUUCUUUCCGCAAGAAACGGUAAGAAACCCUAUAUUCACAGCUAGCUGUGAGAGCUGCUUUGCACAUUACAUAGAAAAGUGGAGAUGGAAGCCUGGAAGAACCCCUGAGAGUCUCUCACCAGUUCCUUUCCAUUGUAGCCUGCAAAAUUGGGAUGCAUCUCUCAGCCACAGUGGGACAUUGACGAGCUCCAAAGGUCAUGCUCUUCCCCCACUUCCCCCUGCCUCUGUGUAAUGUUAGCAACUGUUUGCAGAUCUUUUUGCUAUGGAAGUAUUUAGGCUUCCACUUAAAUUCUCUUUAAUGCUAUAGCAUAGCAUAUUUUUUAUUUUUAAAACAAUAAAAGGCACCUUUUCUUGCCUUUCCCAAAAUAGCAUUUAGCUAUAUUAUAGGCCUGAUGUUCCUCAUCUUGCACAUUCUCUUGCAGAAAGCUAUUAUAUGUGUUCAGACAUUGAAAAACCGUCGUCUUUGUUUUCUCUUAAAAGGUGAAUGUCUGAAUAUUUUGAAAAACAUGUUACAGUAUUACUUGAUAUUUGUAAAAACCUCAUGAAUUUUUUUUACAGGUACUGUUUAAUGGCAGACCACCUAAUGGUGGUAUAGUGGAUAGUUAACCAUUUUUAGGAGUUUGUAGUAAUCUGACUUUAAUAGUAAUAAUAAUAAUAAUAUUAAUAAGGCUGUGCCUCUAUUAAGCUAAAUAUAUUUUCUAAAAGGUAGCUUUCAAAAUAUUAGGGAAGGGGAAUGGUUGUGUACAGGAUCCAAUAUGCUGUAUUAUAUACAUGAUGACAAUCCUAACACAUGAUCUGUUAAAAGUUGCAAAGCAAACUAUGUUAUCUUGUAUGAGAACAAGAUUUCAUAUGAGCCUGAGAAUAAAUUACCAUGAAUGAGGCUGCAGGUAGAAUAGUUUUUUUUUAAAAAAAAGAUCAGAUAUGCAAACUAAUGCAGUGUGGGAGUUUUUCUAGCAGAUACAUAAGCCAACAAGAUCUUCUGUGCAAGUGUUUUCUUUCUGAUUGGCUUUCUGGAGAUCACUAUAUUCCCGCCCUGUUUGAAAGUUUAUGAAAAAGUGGUAGCAAUAAUGAAAAGAUAAAACAUGUAGACCCAAGGCCAUAAUGGCAAUAUAUUUCUGAUGAAGACAUUCAGAAUGUAUGUAACAAUAUAUUAAAUACUAUUUUAUAUAUAAGUAUGUCUGUGUACCUUUAUGUUGUGCUGACCAUUUUGUCAUUUUUAGUGAAAUACUGGCAUCCACUUUUGUCUUAGUCUUUGUUAAUCUUUUUUGUAAUAGUCUUCCCCAACAGAAACCAUUUUUUUUUCUCCGUUGGGGUUCUGUUUGGAGUACUUGACUUCACAUUUUUUUGUAUGAGACCAAGUUGCAUAAAAUAAUUCUGUACGUUAUUUCUUAUUUAAUAAGAUACUGGUUAUUAUAAUGUGACACUAAUCUUAAAUUAAAUCUUAAAACUAAACUUGAAGAUUCAUCUCUUAUGUUUCUCUCCUGAGAAACAGGAAAACACAACCAUCAGUUCAGGUUUUUCAGCUCUAUAUGUAGUUUGAUGAAUAGGAAGAUGGAUCUUUUUAAUGAACAUGUGUGUUUUUCUGUUUUCAAACCUGCAUAUCUUAGAUGGCUAUCCAUUUUGUACUUUGUGUGUUUAAUGAGAGCAAAUCAGAGAAUUCCACCUAGAAGAUCAUACUGAAUGAAACUCACAAAGAGACAACAGGAAAACCCGUGGAACUGUUUUCAUUAAAUGUUACCAUGUCACUCUCAUUUUUGUUUUACAAGAUUUUUUAAGCUUUCACUUUUUUCAGUUUCCUUUGUACUUCUUUCUUUUUAUUAAAUAUUAUGUUUUAUUUUGA